UUACCCAUCAAGCUCUGCAUCCCUCAGAGCACCUGGCACAGUGCUUUGCAAAGAGUAUGAAAGAAUGAAUGAAUGAGAGAGUGAUUGUGACAGUCCUGGUUAAGGAAGAAUGAGUGAGAGAGGAGCAGUGGGAAGCACAGGAAGCAUGUCCUGGAAGAAGGGUGUUUUCAGGGUAAGACAGUUAUGACUGGGGGAGAUAAGGAGAGGCUAUAGGAGCAGCAUAUUAAGAAGAUGAAAUCGUGAAGCUUCUCACCUUUUCCACAAGUGCAGAGAGCAGGCAGAGGAAAAGCAGGACCAGCCUCAUCUUGGAGAGGAAAGAAAAUAGCACUUUAAUUUGUCCUCUGUGGAGUUUCUCUGUGGUUCUUUCUAAAGUCAAGGGUGUGCCGGCCUCGUCAGAGAUAACCUUGGGACCCGAUGGCUGAAUUUCCUGCCCUGGGCCUGGGCCUGGGCCUGGGCCUGGCUGACCAUCUGCCCCUCCUACCAUGGGAGCAGCAGCUUACAGUGAGAACACACAGGGAACCACAUGGUCACCUGGGGGUCACAAGAGUUUAUAGCCAGUGGGAAGAAGCAAGCUGGGCUCUUUCCAAAGCAUUUUUUCAACUCACAAACAUUUAUUUUGAACAUUCACAAUAGGCCAGCCCUGUGCCAGGAGACACAAAGAUGAGUGAGAAACGGUUCCAGCCCUCAAAGAGCAUAUCCCUUAGGUCAGGGAGGCUGACAGCUUCUUUCUGUUCCCCUCUCAGAGCCCCUCAGAAUCACCCCCAAGGAGCUGAGCAUGACCCGGGACGAGGCACUGCCGGACUCGUAUUCUGCACAGGGUUUCUAUGAGAAUUAUGAGCCCAAGGAGAUCCUGGGCAGGGGAGUUAGCAGUGUUGUCAGGCGCUGCAUCCACAAGCCCACAUGCCAGGAGUAUGCCGUGAAGAUCAUUGACAUCACCGGCGGGGGCAGCUUCAGCUCCGAGGAGGUGCAGGAGCUGCGAGAAGCCACGCUGAAGGAGGUGGACAUCCUGCGCAAGGUUUCCGGGCACCCCAACAUCAUACAGCUGAAGGACACUUAUGAGACCAACACUUUCUUCUUCUUGGUGUUUGAUCUGAUGAAGAGAGGGGAGCUCUUUGAUUACCUCACUGAGAAGGUCACCCUAAGUGAGAAGGAAACCAGAAAGAUCAUGAGAGCCCUGCUGGAGGUGAUCUGCACCUUGCACAAACUCAACAUCGUGCAUCGGGAUCUGAAGCCCGAGAACAUCCUCUUGGAUGAUAACAUGAACAUCAAGCUUACAGACUUUGGCUUUUCCUGCCAGCUGGAGCCAGGAGAGAAGCUGCGAGAGGUCUGUGGGACCCCCAGUUACCUGGCCCCUGAGAUCAUUGAGUGCUCCAUGAAUGAUGACCACCCAGGCUAUGGGAAGGAGGUGGACAUGUGGAGCACAGGGGUCAUCAUGUACACCCUGCUGGCUGGCUCCCCACCCUUCUGGCACCGGAAGCAGAUGCUGAUGCUGAGGAUGAUCAUGAGUGGCAACUACCAGUUUGGCUCACCUGAAUGGGAUGAUUACUCUGACACCGUGAAGGACUUGGUUUCCCACUUCUUGGUGGUGAACCCCCAGGGCCGCUAUUCAGCAGAAGAGGCCUUAGCGCAUCCCUUCUUCCAGCAGUAUGUGGUGGAAGAAGUACGUCACUUCAGCCCCCGGGGGAAGUUCAAGGUGAUCGGUCUAACAGUGCUGGCCUCAGUGCGGAUCUACUACCAGUACCGCCGGGUGAAGCCUGUGACUCGGGAGAUCGUCAUCCGAGACCCCUAUGCCCUCCGGCCUCUGCGCCGCCUCAUUGACGCCUAUGCUUUCCGAAUCUACGGCCACUGGGUGAAGAAGGGGCAGCAGCAGAACCGGGCUGCCCUCUUUGAGAACACACCCAAGGCCGUGCUCCUCUCCCUGGCUGAGGAGGACUACUGAGGGACUGGC